AUGCAUCAUUUAAAUUUCACUAAUAAAGUAGUAAUUGUUACUGGAGCUGGUGGCAGUUUGGGAAAAGCUUAUGCGCUCGAAUUCGCCAAGAGGGGAGCACUUGUUGUUGUGAAUGAUAUCGGAACCACUCAUAAUGGAUCUUAUGCGAGAUCUCUCUCUGCAAAUGCGACUGUAGCGGAAAUAAAAUUUCUUGGAGGCAAAGCAGUUCCAAGUUUUGAUAGUGUCGAAUAUGGACAUAAAAUCGUCGAAACAGCAAUUACACAUUUCGGUCGAGUAGAUGUUAUCGUUAAUAAUGCUGGAAUUUUGCUUGACAAAUCUUUCCAAAAUAUGACCGAUGAUGACUGGGACUCAGUCUAUAGAACACAUGUUAAAGGCGCUUAUUCGGUUACUAAAGCGGCCUGGUCUUUUUUUAAAAAACAGCAGUAUGGGCGAAUUAUUUUCAUAUCUUCAAAUUCUGCAAUAUACGGUAAUUUUGGACAAGCAAAUUACGCAGCAGCAAAGAACGCAUUGAUUGGUCUUUCUCAUACAUUGGCAAUUGAGGGAAAUAGAUAUGGCAUUCAGUCGAAUGUGGUGAUACCGACCGCAUCGUCAAGGAUGACAGCGCAGUUAUUUCCCGAAGAAAGUUUGCAAGUUCUCAAAGCAGAAUAUGUAGUACCACUUGUUGUGUAUCUUGGACAUGAAUCUUGUCAAGAAACUGGAAAAGUUUUUGAAGCUGGUGCCGGUUGGUUUGGACAAAUUCAAGUUUAUCGGUCGAAAGGAAUGGUCUUGCCGGCUGCAAAUGCGGAAGCGAUUGCGGAUAAUUGGAUAGCGAUAACUGAUAUGACCUCUGCAAGACAUUUUGAUAGCAUACAAGAAGUGACGUUUGAUUUGCUAAACAGUGCAGAAAAAAAAGGCACAUCGGAAACAAGGUCGGAACUAGAUAAUGAGAAGAAAGAAGAAUAUAUGGAAUUGUUCAAGAUUGUAGCGGAGUCUUUAAACCGGAAAAGAGAUAGUAAUUCAGCAUCUUGUUUUAUGUUCAUGUUUAUACUUACGAAUGGAGUGAAUGCGUAUAGUUUUACAAUUCCUUUUGGCGAGGAUGGUGUUCCUUAUCAACAAGAAUUGAUCUGUGUUGUUGCGAUGCAUUAUGAUAUUUUCGAACAGAUUCUCAAUGGUCAGAUUAUAACAGAAAAGAUGAUCAAACCUGGGCAGAUGAUAAUUAUUGGUGAUAUAGGUGAGGAUGAUGUGGUGGAAUCCAUCAAUCAGUUGGCUAGGUCGAUGAAACCGAAACUUUGA